AUGAAUUGUCCCGGGGGCCGCUGGUUUAGGGUUUGCCUCUCCGCCAGCCGAGUCCCCUGUCAGGACCUGAAGUUGGCAGAGAAGCCCUCGCGACUGAUUUACUGGGAGGAGACUCGCGCAUUCCGAGCGAGGCCUCACUGCAAAGGCCUCGAGUUCAGUCCCCAAUACACAAAACGCCCCAGGGAGCUAGGGACCGCCUGUAAACUACAGCGUGGGAGAGUAGGCAGCCCCGGAGCGCUGAGAGUGGUAAUUUUGUUGUCUUUCCAAGGAGCAGCCCCUGUGGGAUUUAGCUCAGUGGUUCCGCAGCCUGCCUCCAAAGCGUGGUUGCAAACUGGUUAUCAGCGAUGCCCUCUCAAGCGCGGUGCUGCGUCCACUGGGAGGUGGCUGGGCGCGGCCGUAGAAGGCGCCUACCUGCUUUAUGAAGUCGUGAUCUCCGGAUUUAGGGAACAAGGGAGGACUUUGACGUCGAGACAGCGCCCUGUGAGCGCCUGGAGUGUCCCGGACAGCCUGAGGCAGGAAAGUCUUAAUAGACAUCGAUACUUGAAUUCUUGGUUUCCACAUGAAAACUCCACUGCUUCUUAUGGAAUAAAUCAGUUUUCAAAUUUGUUUCCCGAAGAGUUUAAAGCCAUUUAUUUAAGAAGCAAACCUUCCAGGCUCCCCAGAUACCCAGCAAAAGUGCGGGCAUCCAUCCCCAACACAUCUUUGCCGUUAAGAUUUGACUGGAGGGACAAGCACGUUGUAACACCAGUGAGAAACCAGCAGAUGUGUGGAGGGUGCUGGGCUUUCAGCGUGGUGGGAGCAGUGGAGUCUGCGUGGGCCAUCCGAGGGCAACCUUUGGAAGACCUCAGUGCCCAGCAGGUCAUCGACUGCUCUUAUAAUAACUUCGGGUGCAAUGGGGGCUCUCCUGUCAGUGCUCUGAGCUGGUUGAACAAGACACGAGUGAAACUGGUGAGAGACUCGGAAUACCCAUUUAAAGCACAGAAUGGCCUGUGCCAUUACUUCUCCAGAUCACAGCCCGGACUUUCCAUCCAAGGCUAUUCCGCAUAUGACUUCAGUGACCAAGAGGCUGAGAUGGCGAGGGCCCUGCUCACACUGGGCCCCCUGGUGGCGAUUGUGGACGCGGUGAGCUGGCAGGACUACCUGGGCGGCAUCGUCCAGCACCACUGCUCCAGCGGGAGCGCCAACCACGCGGUGCUCAUCACUGGCUUCGAUCGGACGGGCAGCACGCCGUACUGGAUUGUUCGCAAUUCGUGGGGAAGUUCGUGGGGAGUAGGAGGCUACAUCUACAUCAAAAUGGGGAGCAACAUGUGUGGUAUUGCAGACUCCGUUGCUGCUGUGUUUCUGUGACAUGUUGGGAACAGGAAAAGAGACUUGUGCCAUAAAACAACAGCAUUUCAUUCCGAGUUUGACUCACAUUCAAGCUUCAGCAACUCCCUGGGAAAAUCUCCCAGCCUCGGAGGAUUGAGUCUAAUGGAUGGACACCAAAACCUCUAAGAGGUCUGGAAGGAGAUGCGUGUUUCCUGCUCUGGGAGGAAACAGGAUAAGGAGGCAUUUUAGGUUCUUCCAACUUAAGAAGCUGUUGUUUGCUGAUUUUCUUUCAAUGUUUAACCAGAACCUUGUUCUGGUAUGAUCACAGAGGUGAUCAUUCCUUUCCCUUCGUGGGACACGAUCUGGAGGUUUGGAUUACCCUUCUCGACAGCAGCGCCCUGCCUCAGGUGCCGAGCCUCUCGCGAUGCCGUCUGUGGCUUUCGGAGACACGCCUUGGUGAGGAGCUGCAAAGGCGGUGGCUUCACGCUUCUCAUGGCGCUUACCUGUGGACAGAAGGAAGAAAAUGCCAGCUCCCUUCUUAAGAGAAACAAAGUGGAACUAAAUAAUUGCUAUGACCCCUAUGUUAUCAGUCACUUCAGAUAAUAUUGUCUAUCAGAUAAAUUACUUUUUGAAAUUUUUCUGUCAGUAGAAAUCCAAAACUACUUUAACUUUCUAGAAUCUUCUGUUGGUGUCACAGAACAGUCUUUGCCAUGUUUACUCGCUGUCUGUUACUGUCUGUUGUGUAUCUCUCAGGUUCUCCUACUGGCCUGCUUCCCCGACUGAAGAAUUGCUCUUGCAGCUUACUUUCCAUUUUAU